GACUGGGCAUGCUCAGAAGCCAGGCUUGGCUUUGGUCUCAAGUCGAGGGAAGCUUUUGCACUCGCGAGGCAGCGGCGACUUUAGGGAAAGUUGAUCCGAGAGGGGAGGAAGCCCCAAGACGCGGAGCAGCGGCAGGAAGGAGCCCCCGGCAGCCCGGAGGAGCAUGGGCACCCUGCGGGAUUUACAGUACGCGCUCCAGGAGAAGAUCGAGGAGCUGAGGCAGCGGGAUGCUCUCAUCGAUGAGCUGGAGCUGGAGUUGGAUCAGAAGGACGAACUGAUCCAGAAGCUGCAGAAUGAACUGGACAAGUACCGCUCGGUAAUCCGGCCGGCCACCCAGCAGGCGCAGAAGCAGAGCGCCAGCACCUUGCAGGGUGAACCGCGCACCAAGCGCCAGGCGAUCUCCGCGGAGCCCACCGCCUUCGACAUCCAGGAUCUCAGCCACGUGACCCUGCCCUUCUACCCCAAGAGCCCACAGUCGAAGGAUCUCAUAAAGGAGGCUAUCCUUGACAAUGACUUCAUGAAGAACUUGGAGCUGUCGCAGAUCCAGGAGAUUGUGGAUUGUAUGUACCCCGUGGAAUAUGGCAAGGACAGCUGCAUCAUCAAGGAAGGCGAUGUGGGGUCACUGGUGUAUGUCAUGGAAGAUGGGAAGGUCGAAGUCACAAAAGAAGGCGUGAAGUUGUGCACCAUGGGUCCCGGGAAAGUGUUCGGGGAGCUGGCUAUUCUUUACAACUGUACCCGGACAGCGACCGUCAAGACUCUUGUAAAUGUGAAACUCUGGGCCAUUGAUCGACAAUGUUUUCAAACAAUAAUGAUGAGAACAGGACUCAUCAAGCACACCGAGUACAUGGAGUUUUUAAAAAGUGUUCCAACAUUCCAGAGCCUUCCUGAUGAAAUCCUCAGCAAGCUGGCUGAUGUCCUUGAAGAGACCCACUAUGAAAAUGGAGAAUAUAUCAUAAGGCAGGGUGCAAGAGGAGACACCUUCUUCAUCAUCAGCAAAGGGAAGGUAAAUGUUACCCGAGAAGACUCACCAAGUGAAGACCCAGUCUUUCUUAGAACUUUAGGGAAGGGAGAUUGGUUUGGAGAGAAAGCCUUGCAGGGGUAA